UGGGCAUCACGUGACAGCGCUUUAUGUAACGCUUGCCUGUUAAGGCUGAUAUUAGCCGUAUUGCAGGAAUGGAGCGGCGCAGAGGAGCGGGGAAACACAAGGGCCCCUGAGCUCUAGAGCCACUCACAAGGGCAGGCACAAUGAGUAGCCAGGAGGCUGACAGUAGCCUUAUGCUGGAGUUCGCUGCCCAGGCUUUCCAAGCCAGAAACUUCCAGCUGGCGUGUGAGAUCUAUGAGAGGCAGCUAGAGGAGAAGAAGGCAGGGUUGGUGGACUGGGGGCUGCUGCUGAAGAGGGCAGACUGCUUGGCAUGCUCGGGCAAACUGGAGGAAGCCUGCGACUUGUUUCAGAAGGCUGCGGCGCACAAUAAGCUCAGCGCGGACCAUCUGGAGACUCUUGUGUCCUGCCUAGCGGAUCACUUAUGGACCAGGGACCCCCCUGCUGCCCAGCAACAUAAUACUGAUGCCCUGACCUGUAGGGGGUGUCAGGGAUUCUUGUUCGAACCGGUGACCUUGCUUUGCGGCCAUACGUUCUGUAAGAAGUGCCUGGAGUGCCAAGGGGCCGGCAAGAGUGAAUGCAAAGUGUGCCGGGCGAGCAGCGAGCCUCCCUACAGAGUCAAUGUGCUGCUCAGCAACAUCCUCAGCAAGUGGUUCCCCGGGCAAGUGCGCUCUGUACAGCUCAGGCAGGUGGCCAAUGGCCUGUACCAAGACUGCAAGUGGCCAGAAGCACUCGCCAUAUACAAUGAAGCCAUCUCUAUAGCUCCUCAAGACUAUUUACUGUACAGCAACCGUGCUAUGAUUCACUUUAGCUUAAAGUCUUACGGAUGCGCAUUACAAGAUGCAGAGACUGCAUGCAAACUUCAGCCAUAUUGGUUAAAAGGUCAUCUGAGGAAAGCACAAUCAUUGGUCAACUUAGGAAGAAGUGAAGAUGCUUUGAAAGAAUUUCUUUUCUGCCUUGCAUUGGACACCGGGAACAAGACUGCAAAGUCUGAGGCCCAAAAGCUGCUGCUCAAUCUACUAAGCCUGCAAAAUGACCAGGGAGACUUGCCAGAAAUACUCCAAACUAUGUCACACCCAUUGAGAUUAAAGGGAAAUGUUCUUAGUUCACUAAGCACCCCGAUCCCUCAGAGAUUGAAAAUGGUUAAUAUGGACAUUAAAAAUGGUGUAACCAUUUCAGAAGAGACAGAUCCCAAAUGUAGCAACUCCAUUUGGCUGUCACACCAAACACCAGAAACUACACUGAGCUGCUCAGAACUGACCAGGACUUCCACAGGAGGACCUUUGGCAAUUGUGCCAUCAACAUACACCACACGGAAGAGGAAAGCCUGUUUGAAGGAAGCAGAAUCUGAACAAAUACCCUGCAAGGCCUUGAAUAUAGAUCCUGCAGUGACUGACAUUCUUGGGAAUGAUCACUCCAGCGAUUCAUGUGUUGAUUCAUCUGAUCUGGAUUGUUCUCUUUGCAUGAGGCUGCUGUAUGAACCAGUUACUACACCCUGUGGGCACACAUACUGUCUGAAGUGUCUUGAGAGAUGCCUUGACCACAACCCCAAGUGUCCUCUGUGCAAGGAAGACCUUUGUGAGUAUCUGGCAAUCAGGACAUUUUGUAAAACGAAGCUAAUGGAAGAUCUAAUAGCCAGUUAUUUCCCAGAUGAGCUGAAAGAUCGAAAGGCAGUUUAUGAAGAGGAAAUAGCUGAGCUCUCGAAUUUGAAUAAGAAUGUGCCCAUAUUUGUUUGCACAAUGGCCUAUCCGACUGUCCCAUGUCCACUGCACAUAUUUGAGCCUUGUUAUCGCUUGAUGAUACGGAGAUGCAUGGAAAUUGGCACAAAGCAGUUUGGCAUGUGUAUUGGGGACUCUGUUAAAGGAUUUGCAGACUAUGGCUGUUUAUUGGAAAUCCGAAAUGUGGAGUUCUUUGCAGACGGGCGUUCAGUUGUUGACAGUAUUGGAAAAAGAAGAUUUAAAGUAAUAAGACACAGCCAGAGAGAUGGUUAUAACACAGCAGACAUUGAAUAUAUCGAAGACCAUAAUGUACAAGGGCAGGAGUAUGAGGACUUACUAACACUGCACAAUUCUGUGUACGAUCAAGCUUUCAACUGGUUUACUGCUUUAAAGCCAGCACUGAAAAGUCGAAUUUUAAGUCAUUUUGGACCAAUGCCAGCCAAUGAUUGUGAUGUACAGGCAAACCCCAAUGGACCUGCUUGGUGUUGGUGGAUUCUUGCAGUUCUUCCACUGGAAAGUCGUGCUCAGCUACCUUUCCUUGCCAUGACAUCCCUAAAAGAUCGGUUGACAGGCAUUCGGCGAGUCCUACUGUUCAUGUGUCGAUCUCGCCCGCGAUAGCAGCAGGGUGCAGAAUUCUGACUGUAUUCUUUCCCAAUAAUGAAAGUGGGCUGCACAUUCCAGUGGCUUUUAUGAAUUCCACAUAAAGCAACACAUUUAUGUACAUUUACUCUUUAAUUCCUUGGUUUUUUUUUUUUAAUUAAUUAUGGAGAAGAGAACAAAACUGAAACACAGACUUUUUUUGUAUCAUUUUGGAAACAGUGAAUGCUUUUUCAAGCUUUUGUUAUACAAAACAUGGGGUUUUGCACAAAUGUACAUAAUAGUGAUUGUCAUUCCCAAUAAUUUAUUUUUUCAUGAUGUUCAAGCAAUCUCCAGCUUUCACUUUAUGUAAAUUGUCUUGGUUUUGCUGCUAUAUUUAUUUUAUUCAGUUCAGGAGGAAAAGAUCAGAAUAAAUGCUAUCGUUUUUUAGGAGCCUCUGUUAUUUUCACAAAAUGAAAAACA